AUGGCCGAAGCCAAUGAAGCCACGGACAUGACAGUCAACUCAAUGCCAAAACCUGAGGAGCAUGAUGCAAUCAAGACAGAAUGUACUCAGAAAAUCGAGCUGCACGCAGAGUUUGCCUCAUUCCUGGAGCUUCGAAGUGCUAUAGAAAGAUACCAGAAGGAGAAGUCUGUUCAGCUGAUUGUGAAAGAUUCAAAGCUGCUGAAAGCAGAGUCAACACGCAAGAUCAUCCCCAAGGUGUAUCACUUGGUCAACCAGAGCUUAAUGUAUCACUCCAUCACUUACUGCUGUAAAUGUCAUGGAGAACUCAAACAGAAGCCUGGUACCAGAGUCAAGAAUGUGGGGCAAAAACGUUUGAACUGCCAGAUGUACAUCCGGUUCAAGUUAUCGCCAGAUUUACAGAAACUGGUACUGUUUGACCUAGAUGAGACUCACAACCAUGGCAUUGACCCUACUACUUGUCAGAUGACCCCUCGCCAGCAGGUGUACAGACUAUCCCGGAUAAGGCAGUCUGGCAUGUCAGUCGAUGACGACGACGAUGAAAGUAGCGUCAAUGUUAAAGGGCCAGCAGCAUAUGUCAAAAAUCAUAGGGAUGAUUCUUUGUACCCACCUCCAAGAAAAUCUGCUCGCAUACAGGCCAAACGAGAAGGCAGUUCUCACGAUGAGGACAAUGAUGAGAAUGGACAUGACAGUGACAGCAGUUUGUCUGAGAAUGAGCAGAAUUCUAAUAAUGACACUUCGCCCCUGGACUCUGAAUCCAGCUGUUCAGACAGUGAUGAAGAAGAACGCCGUAUGAAUCGUGCCCUAUUACCAUUUCCAAUUCGACUGAUUGGAUCAGCAGUGCAGUCCUCUCCAGAACUUUUAGCAGCAACAAAGCAACUGAUACAGAUACAAAAGUCUAAACUUUUGAUUGAAAAACAGAAACUCAUAUUAGAAACAAAACAACUAGAACUCAUGAACACAAAACUGGAACUGGAGGUUAGAGUGUUGGAGAGAAAUCUGGCAGCUGAGAUGGCCGGAACCUCUGAUAGAAAAGACACUACUAUUUAUUUACAGGCCAGUUAA